AUGCGAAAAAAUCGCUUUCCAUGUCCUGAGAAAAAGCCAAAACAAGUCGAAAGGGAAUCAGAAGAAGAACUUCAGAAAUACCAGACGAUGGGAGGUCAUAUUUCCACCAGAUAUCGCCAGAUCGGGAGCUUUGAAGCUGAUUCAGAGAUCGCGAAAUACAAGCAUCCACGAACUGAAAAAAUUGCAACAGCAAAGCCCGAGGCUGUAGUGCUCAAGCGAAGAAGAGCUUUCAGUGAAUGCGAGAAUUCACCAGCUGAGAGACAGCGUUUGUGCAAGAAACUGAGGGUUAAUCAGUUGUACACUGGAUAUUGCGGACGGAAUUCAUAUAUGGCAGCCUUUUUCAAGCUUCUUGAUGAUGAUGUCAUUCAAGAUUUUUUGUGGAUGGACAGUUGUGCAAUAAUAUCAGACAAGUAUCUUCUGGCAAUGGUUUACACCUAUUUCAGGAGAGCGGAACUCGCUCGUCGAGAAUUUAACAGAAUGAAUUUCUUCAUAGCUCUAUACUUAGCAAACGAUAUGGAAGAAGACGAAGAAGAAGAAAAGUACGACAUAUUCCCGUGGGCUUUGGGAAAGAACUGGCGAGAUAUGUACCCUAGCUUCCUUCAAAAGAGGGACAUGUUUUGGCGAAAGAUUGGAUAUCGUGCUCUAGUCAGUAGAUUAACUUGUGAUGAGAUCAUGUCUAUAGUGUCCGACCACCCUAUUUGGCAACGUAAAAGACGAAAUCAUCACGGAGGAGCAUGGAGAGAUUACAUGAAGGACACAAGUAACGAGUGUGCAAGUCCAAGGGGUCCUGGAACUGCCCCUUUUCAAUGCUCUAAAUGCCAUGACCCAAGCAGCAAGGGUAAUUCACCCAUGGUGACAUCUGACUAUUACAGUUGUUCGUCGCAAUCGUCAUCGGAAGACGAGACUUUCAAUUCAAGUUUCAACAUGCAAGAUUUGAAGAAUGUACUUCAAAAGGGCAACAACAAAAGACACUGUUAUGAAGAACGAAACGAAUGUGGCAAUAUAACAGCUCGUUAUGCGCUGCAGUAA